CCCAUCCGGAAAUAAAAAGGCAUGUGAAAUGGAUGUGGGCCCAACAUGUGUAUUGAACCCAUAUCUCAAAUUAAAGCCCAAUAUUUCGGCCCAGCACAACGCAACUUACUGAUAUUUCUCCAGUAAUUAGCUGCCUUUGCGAGCAUUUCGCUUGGUCGUUAAGCUUAAGAGCAGAGAGAGGCCUUUCAUACGUGUCAGUACAUUGAUCAUGGCUUCGUUCACUCAACCCGAAGACGACUCAGUUCCGACCACCGGGUCAACUCGCCCAUUCGACGACGAUGGUUACCUAGGCUACGACCCCCGCCUCCCCUCCGUACGAUUCGACUCCUUCGUCGCCACUAACUUUGCCGACUCGGAGUCGGUCAAGGAUUCGGCCACUGACUCGCCGCUCUUCCACGGCUCCGCCGUAGAUGACUCGUACGCCGCUCAGCAGGCUACGGAGGGCCUUUCUCCUCCUUCGAUCUACCCUGAAUCGAACGGCCAGGGUUUCGAUGGAGGGUUCGGCGAAUCCAACGAUCCGAUUUUGCCGCCUCCGUCGGAUAUGCUGCCUGAGGAAGGCUUUGCUCUCAGAGAGUGGAGGAGACAGAAUGCAAUUGAGCUGGAGGAGAAGGAGAAGAGGGAAAAGGAGUUGUUAAACCAAAUAAUUGAGGAAGCAAAUGAAUUCAAGAUUGACUUCUACCAGAAGAGGAAGAUCACUUGUGAGAAUAACAAAGCUGCUAACAGGGAAAGGGAGAAGCUGUUCCUCGCCAGUCAAGAGAAGUUCCAUGCUGAGGUAGACAAGAACUACUGGAAGGCAGUUGCAGAUCUCAUUCCCAAUGAGGUGCCAGCUAUAGAGAAGAAGAGAGGGAAGAAGGAUCAGGAAAAGAAACCUUCCAUUAUCGUGGUACAAGGUCCAAAGCCUGGAAAGCCAACUGAACUUUCAAGGAUGAGGCAGAUACUUUUAAAAUUGAAGCAUAAUACGCCUCCCCACCUUAAGCCUACACCCCCAGCACCAGCCCCUGCUAAUGAUGCUAAACCCAGUAGUUCUUCUGCUCCACCCAAGGCUGCUGCUGUGGUUGCUGCCCCUGAGGCUGUAGUUGCUGCUGCAUAAUUUUACUGGCCAUCUUUGUCAGGAUUAUUUCGUAGUAACCAAGUACUUUCAUUGCAGUAUUGUGGAGUUUUUCUUGCUGAACAUAUUUCUGAUGGAUAUAUUCAGUUCUAAAAUUGUGUUUUAUAUGUACAAAAGUGAAUUAGAAUCCAAAUUUUAUAUUAUUUCAUUUUCAGCAGGUCUAGUAA